AUGACUAUUGCCGCAUAUGCUUAUGAAACUAACGAAGCUAAUAUAGCACAUGAAUUAGUAAAUGAAAAUACAACAUUAACCGUAGAUGGUCAUGAUAUUAUUAUUGACGACGGAAAUGAAAAGAAAAUUAUUGACUUUAAUACAUUGCAAACAUAUGACCCUUUCAUUACUACUAGCAGAGUUCCUGUCAUAACCGACGGAACAGUUCAAUACAUAACUUCUACAUUGGAUGCUUCAUUAGUUAAAGUACUUAAUGUUCUCAUUGAAUUAUUAAAUAGCUUUCGAUUUGACGACAACAUUAAAUGUCUCAAAAAUUGA